AUGAAACGCGCCGUUCCACGGCUGUCGCCUUCGUCAUCUACUCCUUCCGAGUACCUCACUCUUCGCGUCUCGUCCAAGAUGAAUGAACGCGGCGAUUUCAAUGGCACAUGUACAAAGGAGCAGGCUAUGACCAUCACACCAGAGACACCAGACGGAAGCUGCACAUCAUACUUCGACGAUGUGACCGACUACUGUUGUGCCGCGGUUGGAGGCGUAUACAAUGCGACCUUUCAAGCAGUCAAUGUCUCGGAACCGCAGGCUAUGGCGCUGGACCACCCAAUUUGCGCGACUUCGAACUAUGCAGACAUGUUCUCGUGUUACCAGUACGUGACAGAGACACACUGUUCUGCGACGACACCAAUUCCUUACGGCGUCUGCAACAAGAAUGGACCUGAUACCAGUCGAGCUGUUAAGAAGGCAACGUCAGCUGCCACUCGCGGCCAAACUGGCCCCGCUUGGUGGUGGACAGUGGCUGUCGGUGGCCUUGUUGCUUGCUUCGCGUUACAGCUCUUGGACAACUAG